AGGAAUCUGGGCAGCUGCGGGCAGCCACGGUCUCACUCCCCAUCUCCGUGGGGCUCCGGCUGAGGACGCGGUGCGGUCACCAAGGGAAGAUGAGUCAGGCCGGGGUGCGGGCGCCCUGACUCGCGCAUCUGGGGGACGCGGCCGCCGCCAUCGGACGCGCGCAGCCCCUAUCCUUCUAGGGUACGGGUGAGCGAGGCCAGAGCAAAGGAUCGCAGCUAAGGCGUCUCCGCCGCCGCCAAGAAAGACAAAAGGAACGCGGGGCUCGAGGGAAAGUUUUGGGCUUGGUUCCUGAUGAAUUCUAGCCCCCGAAGCCGCCAAGAGGAGGAUCGGGGGCGAGGGCGGGACGGGCUUCCCGGAGCGUCGCCAGCAGCCGGGGACCCAGACGGUGCUAAUCGCACCGCCGCCCACGACCCGUGGGAACUCCGCCGGCCCAGUCGCCAAGCUGUGCAAGAGCUGCGUGCAGGACCCGCCCUUCCCCCCGGACCCCAACCCAGCUGCCCGGCGCCCUGGCUGCAAAGUUGUACUUCUAGCGCCGGGAUGGCGCCCAUACAAAACCCAUUUGGGGAACAAAGUACCGCUUCCAGGCGCUCUGCUUCAUCUGAAGGCCAGCGGGCGGAAGCGGACACACCCACUCGCUUCUCAUCACCGUCGGACGCGAGUUCCAGAACGGGAGAUCCCUGCCCCUCCUGCCCCAAUAAGAACUGGGGAUCCCCAGCGGACUCUGUAUUUUCUGGAAGAAGGAUCCAUAGGCCCCUCGGUUCCACGCCCCUCGGAUGCUUUCUUAUCAGAUGCAGCCUGGGAGGGUCGGGGUCCCCCUGGCGGCUGCACGGAUGCUGUGCUAACAAAGUCAGACCUGAACCCCCAAGAGAUACUGUACUAGCCCUCAGAGGGUUUAAGCCACUGGGAAGUUAGUUCCAGUAGAGCAGACUGGUUGGGAAGGGUUCUGGGCAUGGGGUUGUGAGGGGCAGGGGCUAAUUGUAUCCUAAGAUGAUGAGUCUGAGACUAAGCUCCAGAUAUCAAAUCCAAUGAAGGCUUCAAGUUACCAAAAAUUAUCAGUGAGAAAAAAAACCAUGCCCUGUCCAGAGAAUGAAAUCAUAGUCACGUGCAAUUCUAAAAGGGACCAAAGCGCCCACUCUGGCUAAAGAUCAAGUCAGUAAAUAAAGUUUC